GCAGUAUUGUGUUUCAUGGGUGCUAGUCUCAGCACCAACAUAGGCUCUGAAUUUCUCUUCCACCUUAGGCCGGAGCCUCAACAGAAAGCUCCCUUAGUUCCUCCACCACCACCGCCACCGCCACCGCCACCUCUGCCAGACCCCACGCCUCCAGAGCCAGAGGAGGAGAUCCUGGGUUCAGACGAUGAGGAGCAGGAGGACCCCGCAGACUACUGCAAAGGUGGCUAUCAUCCAGUGAAAAUUGGAGACCUUUUCAAUGGCCGGUAUCAUGUUAUUAGGAAGCUAGGAUGGGGACACUUCUCUACCGUCUGGCUGUGCUGGGAUAUGCAGGGGAAAAGAUUUGUUGCAAUGAAAGUUGUAAAAAGUGCUCAGCAUUAUACGGAGACAGCCUUGGAUGAAAUAAAAUUGCUCAAAUGUGUUCGAGAAAGUGAUCCCAGUGACCCAAAUAAAGACAUGGUAGUACAGCUAAUUGAUGACUUCAAGAUUUCAGGCAUGAAUGGCAUCCAUGUCUGCAUGGUCUUCGAAGUGCUUGGCCACCAUCUCCUCAAAUGGAUCAUCAAGUCCAACUAUCAAGGCCUUCCUUUACGUUGUGUGAAGAGUAUCAUUCGACAGGUACUUCAGGGGUUAGAUUAUCUACACAGUAAAUGCAAGAUCAUUCAUACUGACAUAAAGCCAGAAAACAUCUUGAUGUGUGUGGAUGAUGCGUACGUGCGAAGAAUGGCAGCCGAGGCCACGGAGUGGCAGAAAGCGGGUGCUCCUCCUCCUUCAGGGUCUGCAGUGAGUACGGCUCCACAGCAAAAACCUAUAGGAAAAAUUUCUAAAAACAAAAAGAAAAAACUGAAAAAGAAGCAGAAAAGGCAGGCUGAGUUACUGGAAAAGCGCCUGCAGGAAAUAGAAGAAUUGGAGCGCGAAGCCGAAAGGAAAAUAAUAGAAGAAAAUGUCACAUCAGCUGUACCUUCUAAUGAGCAAGAUGAUGAAUACCGCCCAGAGGUGAAACUAAAAGCAGCAGCGCUAGAGGAGGCUGCUGAGGGAGAGCCUGCGCUUGACAAUGGUGAAGCUGAGGACCAGGAAGAGAAAGAAGAUGCUGAGAAAGAAAACAUUGAGAAGGAUGAAGACGAUGGUGAACAGGAGCUCGAGAACAUAGACCCCACGUGGAUAGAAUCACCCAAAACCAAUGGCCACAUUGGGAACGGCCCGUUCCUGCUGGAGCAGCAGCUGGAUGACGAAGACGAUGAUGAAGAAGAUUGCCCAAACCCUGAGGAGUAUAACCUCGAUGAGCCAAACGCAGAAAGUGAUUACACGUACAGCAGCUCCUAUGAACAAUUCAAUGGUGAAUUGCCAAAUGGACGACAUAAAAUUCCCGAGUCACAGUUUCCAGAGUUUUCCACAUCAUUGUCCUCUGGGCCCUCAGAACCUGUGGCUUGUGGCUCUGCACUUUCCGACGGAUCCCCGCUUACUGAGCAGGAGGAAAGCAGCCCAUCCCACGACAGGAGCAGGACGGUUUCGGCCUCCAGCACGGGAGAUUUGCCAAAAACCAAAACCCGGGCAGCGGACUUACUGGUGAAUCCCCUGGAUCCACGGAACGCCGAUAAAAUUAGAGUUAAAAUUGCUGAUCUGGGAAAUGCUUGUUGGGUGCAUAAACACUUCACAGAGGACAUCCAGACACGGCAGUACAGAUCCAUAGAGGUGUUGAUAGGAGCAGGGUACAGCACACCUGCUGACAUUUGGAGCACGGCGUGUAUGGCAUUUGAGCUGGCGACGGGAGAUUAUUUGUUUGAACCGCAUUCUGGAGAGGACUAUUCCAGAGACGAAGACCACAUAGCCCACAUCAUAGAGCUGCUAGGCAGUAUCCCAAGGCACUUUGCUCUGUCUGGAAAAUACUCUCGGGAAUUCUUCAAUCGCAGAGAUCACAUAGCAUUGAUCAUUGAACUGCUGGGGAAAAUCCCUCGACAAUUCGCUAUGUUGGGGAAAUACUCCAAGGAGUUUUUCACCAGAAAAGGAGAACUGCGGCACAUCACCAAGCUGAAGCCCUGGAGCCUCUUUGAUGUACUUGUGGAAAAGUAUGGGUGGCCCCAUGAAGAUGCUGCACAGUUUACAGAUUUCCUGAUUCCGAUGUUAGAAAUGGUUCCAGAAAAACGAGCCUCAGCUGGCGAAUGCCUUCGGCAUCCUUGGCUGAAUUCUUAGCAGAUUCUACAAAUAUAGCAUUCUGAGCUAGCAAAUGUUUUCCAGUACAUUGGACCUAAACGGUGACUCUCAUUCUUUUAACAGGAUUACAAGUGAGCUGGCUUCAUCCUCAGACCUUUAUUUUGCUUUGAGGUACUGUUUGACAUUUUGCUUUUGUGCACUGUGAUCCUGGGGAAGGGUAGUCUUUUAUCUUCAGCUUAGUAGCUUACUGACCCACUUUCUUCUGGAAACAAUACCACGUCUCUAAGCAUUGUUUCUUGUGUGACAUUCAAAUGUCAGUUUGUUGGUUUUUUGAAAGAAAAAUACUUUCCCCCUUGUGUUUUGGCAGGUUUUGUAACUAUUUAUGAAGAAAUAUUUUAGCUGAAUACUAUAUAAUUUACAAUCUUAAGAAAUUAUCAAGUUGGAACCAAGAAAUAGCAAGGAAAUGUACAAUUUUAUCUUCUGGCAAAGGGACGUCAUUCCUGUAUUAUAGUGUAUGUAAAUGCACCCUGUAAAUGUUAAUUUCCAUUAAAUAUAGGAUGGGAACUCCAAUUUCAGAAAAGUUACCAGGUCUUGAGUGCUUUGUAGCCUAAGUUGCAUGUAGUGGACUUAGCUCCAGGGAGUUGUACAAACUUCAUUCCAUAACAGUCCUUUUUCUGUGGAUUUUAAACAGAGUGGCUCUGGGUUAGGUCAUUGCCUAUAUGGCACCUAAAGAGAGAAAAAAACAUACUUCCCAUUCUAAAGUACGUUUUAUAGUUUAGCAUUCCUUUUCCUAUUUUUGCAUAUUUUAAAAGUACUUUUAAGAAAAAAGCAGCAAUUUCCCUUUUAAAAUGUGAUGGCCUGGUACCAUGUGGUGUUGCCUCCUCCAAACACUGUAAGUUAAAGUCUACGUAGAUUAAACUGGACAAGAGAAACAUGUUCAGUGUGUGAAAUGAAAAAUAUAUAUUUUUGGAAAAUCUUGCUCGUGUUUGUCUAGAACCAAGGUAUGGUAUAUGCAAUUUGCAGUGUAAUGGGCAGAAUACGAACAACUCAGAGGUAACAGUGAUCACGUUCAUUCUGUAGGCACUUUUAUGUGUGACUACAACAAGUUUUACUAGUUUUAUUGUCUUUUUGUGCAUUGAAGUUGAGAAAAUGAUUUUCCCUUUGCAGGUUGCACACAGUUUUGUUUAUCAUUUCCUUAAAAUUGUAGAAUCCGGGACACAAACCAUAGUAGGCAAUACAAUUUUAGAAUGUAAUAUAUGAGGUCUGUUUAGCCUCUUUUAGAAGUCAGUGGAUUGAAUGCCAGUUUUUUUUUUUUUUAAUUUUACAUUUAAGGUGCCUCCUUUUUCUUGACUUUGUCUAUUAACAUUUAUCCAUAUGCCUUUGCAAUAACUAGAUUGUGAAAAGAGAACAAGUGUUGUAACAAUAAUCCAUUGUUUGAGGUGCUUGCAGUUGUUUUAAAAAUUAAAGUGUUUUUGGGUUUUUUUUUCCCCCCAGACAACGCCUUGGUCAUUGGCCUAUAUUUGAAUCCACAGAAUGAACAAACAUUUGCCAUCCUUUUAGUGUA